AUGGGAGAUGGUUUCGAGCAAUGGGGUGCGAAACAGCCAUAUAUCCAAGGUGGUGGGCUGAAACAUCGCUACCGCCUCCUACAUCUUGUGCACGUUCGUCACGAUCUUGCACUUCCGGAAGCAGUUCGGAGGCCAGAUGGCAUAGCUGUCGUUGGCGUUUUUCUCUUGAUUGGACAUGAUGGCAGCCCAACAGCAGCCGUUUCAUCCGUAUUAGAAAAUAUCAUAUAUCCUGGUGAGAAAAACGCAUUGAUGAUUAAUCAUUUUCAUUUAUAA